AAACCUUUGCCUCUGAAUUUCUUGGUUUGCGGUGCGGUGCGGUGCGGUGAUCGCGUCAAGGUGCUCUCUUGGGAAAAUUUCGUAAGAGUUUGUCAAUCAAUCAUUGGCAGACAAGAUGGAGGAUAUGUUUGUGGCAAUCCUCUCAAUGCUUCUAGUUGUUGCUUUGAUUCCACUUUACCUAUGGAGACGACGUCAGGUUCCGCAGUCUCAUGAACAAGAAGCUCAGGUUCAGCACAGAGAAACUGUUGUGAGGCCUACUGGUACUCGAAGUAGGAUGCGUAGACGCCAUACUUCAGCAGCCAGCACAUCUUCUGCUCCACCAGCUGCAGAAGAAACUGAUGAUGGAAGCGAUGAGGAAGCUCUUGAAGGGGAAUAUUAUAAUGCAAAAGCAUCAAAGAAGAAAGGAAGGAAGAAAGAGGAACGCCAAGCACAACGGCAGGCUGAAGAGGCUGCAAGGGAGUCGAGACAUACAAAACAAGACCGUUAUGCAGAAAUACGCAGGAGGAAGGAUGAGGAACACGAAGCAAAGGAGCGUUUGCUGGAAGAAGAAGCUGAGGCUCGGAAGGCCAAGGAGGAGGAAGCUGCAGCGUUAGAGUUUGAGAAGUGGAAAGGAGAAUUUUCAGUAGAUGCUGAAGGUACUACAGAAAAUGAAGUUCAAGAUGGAAGCCAGGGACUGCUUUACGAUUUUGUGGAGUACAUCAAGAAACAGAAAUGUAUUCCCUUGGAAGAUCUUGCUGCAGAAUUCAAACUACGGACUCAGGACUGUAUCAAUCGGAUCACCUCAUUGGAAGAUAUGGGGAGAUUAUCUGGUGUGAUGGACGAUAGAGGAAAAUACAUACACAUCUCAUAUGAAGAAAUGCAGGCAGUUGCGGACUACAUCAAGCGUGAAGGGAGGGUGAGCAUCGCUCAUCUAGCCAGCAAGUCCAACCAGUUCAUAGAUUUGGAACCCAAAGCAGCGAUGAUAACUGAGGAGGAAUUAGGAGCUCAAGAUGAGAUUGCAGUGGCUUGACAUCUCUCCCUUGUGUUACAUAAAUCCUCAACUCAAAAGAAGGAUGUAAAACAAUUUAGUUGUGGUUUAAAUCUUGUGUAAGGUAGGUACUAUAGGCUUUUGUCGACUUUAACACAUACAUAAUAGUUAUAUUACUGUUUUUUAUAUAAUUAUUUCUGUUUU